CCAUUUCGAAGCGUUUACAGUCGAAUCUCGGCUUUCAGAUAUCAAACAUCGUGAUUUUAUAUCAGUUAAGGCCGUGUCGUGGUGAAACGCGUUCGAGUGCUGGUUUUUGCUUAUAAUAUUAAGUAACUAAAGACAUGUGGUAGUUAAUGGUACUCUAAAUUUUCGGGUUGACGAUUUGGAAAAUAGUUGAUUUCAGAUAUCGAAGGAGGCUCCUCGCGAGCCGUACACCGAACGUAUUAUGAAAUUAGAAGAAUGUAUCUUGGUAAUAGGGUUUUUAAUAACAACAAUAGAGGGUAGUAGAUUGAGGAAUCCCUAUUUGGACCGCCAAUCUCAUAAUGGUACCGAUACGCAUCAUUUACCGCCCGGAGGACCGAAUGUAUGUAGAUCAAGAACAAGAACUUACUGUUGUCCCGGAUGGCAAAAACACAAUUUAUUAGGUUUAUGCAUAAUUCCAAUUUGUUCGAGAAGUUGUGGGUACGGUCAAUGUGUGUCGCCGAACGUGUGUUUGUGCGAUGGUGGACAGAAAUCUUCCACGUGCGGACCCGGAGCAAAACAAAUACAAGGCGCCGAUGGAAAAUCAUGUCGAGCUAUUUGUAUGAAUGGCGGAUCAUGUGUAGAUGGGAAAUGCGUCUGUCCAAUCGGAUACAGCGGAGAAUUCUGCACGGAACCUAUUUGUGAAGAAGCUUGUAAAAAUGGAGGUAGAUGUAUAGGUCCAGACAGGUGCGCCUGUUUCUACGGGUUCUCCGGAAGCCACUGUGAGACAGAUUAUAGAACCGGACCGUGUUAUACGGGGUACCGCGGUAAUCUAUGCGUUAAUCAAUUAGAAGGGGUAGUGUGUACGAAAACGUUGUGCUGCGCAACCGUAGGUAAAGCCUGGGGUCAUCCUUGUCAACAUUGUCCUUCCAGAUUAGAUUGCGAAACGGGAUUUUUGAAAAAUAUAAAAACAGACGAAUGUGUCGAUAUCAACGAAUGCGAGGCGAUACCGCAUCUAUGUCAAGGUGGUACCUGCGUCAAUUCCAUAGGAUCCUUCACGUGCGAAUGUCCGCCAGGUCAAACGAGAAACCCAGCCACGAACAGCUGCGAAGAUAAAAACGAAUGCGAAGAAGAUGAAGACGUUUGCCAAGACGGAAGAUGUAUCAACACCAACGGCGGUUACAUAUGUCUUUGCAACCCCGGUUUUAUACAGAGCCAAGACAAAACCUUUUGUAUCGACGGUCGACAAGGAUUAUGUUAUACGCAACGGUCCGAGGAAGGGCGGUGCAGCAAGCAACUGCAGUUUCGUCUAUCGAAGAAAGAUUGUUGUUGCGGCGUUAAUAUGGGACAAGGAUGGGCCAUGUACAGCGGGGAAGAAUGCACCCCGUGUCCGGAAUACGGCGAAGACGAACAUCGCCGAUUAUGCGAGGCGCCUUCGCACCCGAUGCACACCCCCGUCGAAGGUAGUUUCGAUAUAACACCGGGAGUUAUACCGGGCGUGAAUCAAGUAGGACAAAUCAGCGUCAACGAAUGCAUCUUGAGACCGGACAUUUGCGGACAGGGAAAAUGCGUCGAUACGAUUCGAGGAUACGAUUGUAUAUGCGAUCUCGGAUACAGGUUAAAUAGAGAUCAAAUUUGCGAAGAUAUCGAUGAAUGUAGAGAAGGAAAAUGCAUCAACGGACGUUGCACGAAUCUUCCCGGUAGUUUUUCCUGUUUGUGUCCUCCGGGAUUCGACGUUUCUCCCGACGGUACCAUGUGCACCGAUCACGACGAAUGUACCGAAAUCGGAAUGUGCUCCAACGGGAUAUGCAUCAAUAUGGACGGUAGUUUCAAGUGUCAAUGUAAACCCGGAUUCAAAUUAUCUCCGACCGGAUACGCGUGUAUAGAUAUAGACGAAUGCUACGAAAAUCCGAGGAUAUGUCUAAACGGUAGAUGUCAAAACACUCCCGGUUCCUACACCUGCGCCUGCCUACCGGGAUUCGUCGAAUCGAGCGAUAAUACUUUUUGUAGCGAUUUAGAUGAAUGCGCUUCUACGGGAAUGUGCGAUCACGGCAAAUGUAUCAAUAUGGAGGGUUCCUUUCGAUGCGUUUGUAAUUCGGGUUAUCGGCUCGGACCAGACGGAAGACAUUGCGUCGACAUCGACGAAUGUAUCGACAAUCCUUGUCAAUUUGGCAAUUGUUUCAAUACGCCCGGUAGUUUUAGAUGCGAGUGUCAUUUAGGAUUCAGUUUAGGUCCCGACGGACGAUCCUGUUUAGAUAUACGGAGAGAUCUCUGUUAUCAAGAAUACAGGGACGGACUCUGUUUCAAUCCGUCGACGACGGCCGUCACCAAAUCGAGUUGUUGUUGUUGUACCAUUAUAUCCGGAAAACCGAUGGGAUGGGGUACCACUUGUCAACCGUGUCCGAUGCCCGGUACGACGGAUUUCGACUUGUUAUGUCCCCACGGUCCAGGUUCUACUUUCGACGGUAACGAUAUUAACGAAUGCGCUCAAAAUCCAAAUAUUUGUCAGAACGGCGCCUGCGAAAAUAUGAUAGGUAGCUACAGAUGCAUAUGUAACCCCGGUUUUGAAGUGGACGAAAGCGGCAAAAUUUGUACGGAUAUUAACGAAUGCGAAGUCGAAUCUUUGGUGUGCAGCGGCGGUCAAUGUAGGAAUACUCCGGGUAGUUUUCAAUGCAUCUGCCCCACCGGUACCCAAAUGAAUCCGAAGAACUACGUUUGCGAAGAUAUCGACGAAUGUCGCGAAUUGGGCCCCGAAGCUUGUUUCAACGGCGAAUGCGUCAACACCCGCGGUUCGUAUAAAUGCGAAUGCGAUCCCGGAUCAAUUCUAGAUAACACCGGAAGAAUAUGUAUAGAUAACCGUAAAGGUUCCUGUUGGACGACUUUGAAUCGAGGUCGUUGCGAAAACGAUUUACCCCAAUUGAGCAGACGUUCGGAAUGUUGUUGUUCGGUGGGGGUGGCUUGGGGUUCGCCUUGCGAAAGAUGCAAUAAAAACGAAUGCGAUUGCGCUAAAGGUUACGCCAAAGCGGACGGUAAAACUUGCGUCGAUAUCAACGAAUGCGAUCUAAAUCCGGAUAUAUGCAGAGGUGGAGGUACUUGCGUCAAUACCGAUGGUAGUUUCACCUGUUCCUGUCCGCCAGGAUUAACGUUGGACGAAACUAGAACUAAAUGUUUGGAUAUUCGCGAGGAACAAUGUUUUACUAAAUACAAACACGGAAAAUGUCUCGCCCAGGUGGAGGGUUACUUCCGUAAAAGUCUUUGUUGUUGUUCGUCGAUAGGUAAAGCUUGGGGCGAGCGUUGCGAGCAAUGUCCUCGACAAGGUACGGCCGCUUUUAACGAACUUUGUCCUAAAGGAUUGGGAUUUUUGGAUAAAAAGGAUAUCAACGAAUGUACGGAUUUUCCCGGUAUAUGCCAAAACGGAAGGUGUAAAAAUACCAUCGGAGGAUACAGUUGUCGAUGUAAUAAAGGAUUCGAUUAUGACGAUAACAGGAUUAAAUGUAUAGAUAUUGACGAAUGUAAUUUAACAACGGAAAACGUUUGCGGUAACGGGGUGUGUAAAAACGUUCCCGGCGAUUUUAUUUGCGAAUGUAACGAAGGAUACAGGACUAUGGCGCCCAUGCAAGUUUGUAUGGAUAUCGACGAAUGCGGCGAAAAUCCCGGACUAUGCAGAGGCGGUAGGUGUAUAAACACCGAAGGAUCUUAUAAAUGCGAAUGUCCCGCUGGUCAUGAAUUAUCUCAAGACAAACAAUCCUGUAAGGACAUCGACGAAUGUUCCAGAUCGAGCGGUAUAUGUUCCAACGGAGUUUGCGAAAAUAUGAUGGGUACUUAUCAGUGCAUAUGUAACGAGGGAUAUAGACAAACAGGUCAAAAAUCCCAUUGCGAAGAUAUUGAUGAGUGCGAAGAUGAACCUUGCGACGAUAUAUGUGUCAACAUUCCUGGAAGCUUUUCUUGUACUUGUGGGAACGGUUAUAUAUUGAAUCCGGAUGGAAAGUCUUGCGCGGAUAUCGACGAAUGUAAGGAAAAUUCUAGGAUUUGCAACGGGGGGAGAUGUACGAAUACUAUAGGCAGUUAUAUUUGUCAUUGUACCGAAGGAUUGCUUCCCGGACCCAGCGGAACUUCAUGUAUAGAUAUAGAUGAGUGCAAGCAAAAACCGAACAUUUGCGGAGCCGGUGAUUGUAUUAAUACGUUGGGGUCGUUCCACUGUAGAUGCGAAGAGGGUUAUUCGGUGAAACCGGAAGGGGGACCUCAAUGUACCGACGAGGACGAAUGUUAUUUGGGUACUUACAAUUGCGAUGAAAACGCCGAUUGUAUUAAUAAUCCGGGAUCUUAUCAAUGUCGUUGUCAGGAUGGUUUCACAGGAAACGGUUUACAUUGUCGAGACAUCAACGAAUGUUUAACCAACAACGGAGGUUGUGAUCAAAACGCCCAGUGUAUCAACAACGACGGAUCUUUCAGGUGCGAAUGCGACGCGGGCUUCAAGGGCGACGGUUAUACAUGCACCGAUAUAGACGAAUGUUCCAACGAUCCAAGUCUCUGCGAAAACGGCCAAUGCCUCAAUUAUCCCGGUUCCUUCAGGUGCGAAUGCGAAAUGGGUUUUUCGCAUCCCCAAGAAUCCAACGAACAAUCGUGUGUCGAUAUCAAUGAAUGCGACAUGUUCAAUAAUUUAUGCGUAUACGGAAAAUGCGAAAAUACUUUCGGAUUUUUCCGAUGCGAAUGCAACGACGGCUAUAAACUCGACAGUUCCGGCGGAAAUUGUACGGAUAUCGACGAAUGCGAAAGUCCCCAAUCGUGUUUAUACGGCGAUUGUACCAACACCGAGGGUAGCUUCAAAUGCGUCUGUCCCCCGCACCACGAUCUCAUCUCCGAAGGAAACGCUUGCAUCGAUAGGAGAACGUCGAGAUGUUUCUUAAAAGUCGACGGACCCGGAAGAUGUUCAUCCCCUACGUCGGAUUACAUAACGAAAUCGGCUUGUUGUUGUUCUGUAGGUCAAGGAUGGGGGCCGAAUUGCGAUUUAUGUCCUCAUCCGGAUAGCCAGGAAUAUCAGCAACUGUGUCCCGGAGGAAUGGGAUACAAACCGAACGAUAUAACGGUCGUUUUGGAAGAUAUCAACGAAUGCGAAGAACACGAUAACAUAUGUCAAAACGGACAUUGCACCAACACUUUCGGUAGCUUCAUGUGUUCCUGCAACGAAGGUUACAGAUUAGAUCCUACCGGUUAUCAAUGUCUCGAUAUCAACGAAUGUUUCGAAAAUCCUAAUAUUUGCAACGUUGGCGAAUGUAUCAACGAACCUGGGAAAUAUUACUGUCAAUGUCCCGAAGGAUAUAUGCCGAUGCCUGGCAGACGUGAGUGCGUGGAUAUGCGUAAAGAUCUAUGUUUCUUGAACUACAGUAGAUGGAGGUGUUCGACGCCGAUGUCCCAGAAUCAAACGAGGAAAUUGUGUUGUUGUUCAAUGGGUCUGGCAUGGGGUCAACCAUGCGAACCGUGUCCGGUCGCUGGCACCAGUGAUCAUGUAGCCUUAUGCGGAGUACGUCCAGGUCAAAUAGUGAACCCCAUCACUAAUGAAACGAUGGAAAUCGACGAAUGCGAACUAAUGCCAUCUAUGUGCAAGCACGGACAAUGUAUCAACACGCCUGGAAGUUUUGAAUGCAUGUGCAACAGGGGUUACAUUUACGACGAAAAUUCCCAUCAAUGUAUCGACGACAACGAAUGCCUUAGAAACCCCUGCGAAGGUAACGCCCAAUGUAUAAAUCUACCGGGUAGUUUCGAAUGUAAAUGUCCAGCUGGUUACAAACACGGUUCGACUUUUAUGGAUUGCGUAGACAUCGACGAAUGUUUGGAAAAACCUCACGUAUGUCAAAAUGGAGAAUGCAAGAAUUUAGAAGGAAGUUUUCAAUGUAUCUGCCCCACGGGAUAUCUAUUAACUUCAGACAGAGACACUUGUUUGGAUAUCGACGAAUGUCAACGUCAUCCUAACAUCUGUAACAACGGUAGCUGUAUCAAUAUGGUCGGACAUUACAAAUGCCAUUGCAACCAAGGUUUCAAAUUGAGUAAUAACAACGAUUGCGUCGAUAUAGACGAAUGUCACAUGAUGCCUUUCUUGUGCAGAAACGGAAGGUGUCGAAAUACGAUGGGAUCGUUUUAUUGCGAUUGCGCGAACGGUUACGUUCUAACCCACGAUAGACAUAAUUGCAGAGACAUCGAUGAAUGUCAGGAGACACCUGGGGCUUGCCCGCCUCCCGGUAGAUGUACGAACGUGAUGGGAUCUUUCGUAUGCAGUUGUCCCGAAGGUUACGAAUUGAGUACCGUAACCGGUAUAUGCGAAGACAUAGAUGAAUGUCUCGUUAACGUCGGUAUAUGCGAAAACGGGAUAUGCACCAACACCGACGGCGGCGCCUUCUGUACGUGUCAAGAAGGAUUCAUAUUAGAACAAGCGACGAUGAAGUGUAUCGAUGUUAGACAAGAACAAUGUUACGACGUCUUCAAUAGAGGUCAAUGUUCGGAACCUAGAGGAAUGAGUAUAACUGCGAAAGAAUGUUGUUGUUCCAAAGGCGCCGCUUGGGGUAGAGCCUGCGAAAGAUGCCCGCCAGAAGAUUCGCUGGAAUUUUCGAAAAUGUGUCCCGAAGGUCCCGGUAGAAUGGACACCGGUAGCGAUUUGAACGAAUGCGAAUUGAUGCCGAACGUUUGCGAAGGCGGAGAAUGCGUCAACACCGACGGAUCCUUCAGGUGCGAUUGUCCCUCCGGAUACGUCCUGGAUCGAUCGGGUAAAAAAUGCGUCGACGAUAACGAAUGCAUUUCAACACCGAACGUAUGCGGAAACGGCACUUGCACUAACGUAGACGGAGGAUUCGAAUGCAGCUGCAACGAUGGCUUCGCACCAGGUCCCGUACAGGUCUGUGAAGACGUUAACGAAUGUCUGGAAAUCGGCAAUCAAUGCGCCUUCAGAUGUCACAACGUACCAGGUUCAUUCAGAUGUAUCUGUCCGUACGGAUACGCAUUAGCACCGGACGGCAGACACUGCGCAGACGUCGACGAAUGCAGCACUCCGGCGAACAAUUGCAGAUUCAUGUGCAAGAACUUGAUAGGAUCGUUCAUGUGUAUAUGCCCCGAAGGUUACAGCCAAGUCCAUUUAACCGACGAUUGCGUCGACGUAAACGAAUGCGACAAUCCGAAUAUCUGUCGAAAUGGAAAAUGCGUCAAUUUACAAGGAAGCUACAGGUGCGAAUGCGAAGAUGGAUUCGAAAUCAGUCCGGACGGAAAAAGGUGUACAGACAAAAGACAAGGUUCCUGCUUCAGGCAAUUGAUAAACGGAAAAUGUAAACCGGCUCCGUUCAACGAAAUCAAAUUAUCCACUAGGGCAGAUUGCUGUUGUUCAAUGGGAGAAGCUUGGGGCGCUGAUUGCGAACUCUGUCCAUCCAGGUACACACCACAAUAUCAAGAACUUUGUUUGGACAGCGGUUUCUUGGUAGACGGAAAAGACGUAAACGAAUGCGAAACCAUUCCGGAUUUGUGCAGAAACGGUCAAUGCAUCAACACUUUGGGUUCCUACAGGUGUAUCUGCAACAAAGGUUACAGACCCGAUCCUUCGGGAUUAUACUGUUUAGAUAUCAACGAGUGUUAUACCAACACGUCUCACUGUCAAUACCAUUGCCAGAAUACCGAAGGUAGCUACGUUUGUUCGUGUCCACCUGGUUUCCUCAUCAAUCCUGACGGUUUUAGUUGUAGAGACCUCGACGAAUGCGCUACGGGUCAACACAUCUGUCAACAGAAUUGUAUAAAUACAGAAGGAAGUUACAAAUGUUCCUGCGACGAAGGUUAUAACCAAGUCGGAGAUAAUUGCAUAGAUAUAAACGAGUGCGAAGAGCCGGGAAUAUGUCCGAAACCAGGUAGGUGCGUAAAUACAUUGGGAAGUUUCAAAUGUAUCUGUCCGAGAAGAUUCAAAUUGGAUCCGAGCGGAACGAUGUGCAUCGACAUAGACGAGUGCGCCGACGAUUCCAAAUGUUUAGAAGGAUGUCAAAAUUUAGUAGCGGGAUACAGAUGCGGUUGUCCUCAAGGUUACACGUCGCACCCGUUCUCCAAUCAAUGCGUCGACGAAAACGAAUGUCAAAAUAGUCCUUGCGGGGGCGGUGGAAAUUGCUUCAACACACCCGGUAGUUAUAGAUGCGGUUGUCCUGAUGGUUAUCAAUUCGACAAUACUUUAAAUAUUUGUAUUCAGGUUAGCGCCAGUUGUUCUGGAGCCCCAUGCGCUUUUGGUUGUAACAGUCGCGGUGGGGGAUUCAGUUGCGGAUGUCCACAAGGAUAUCAUCGUAUCGGACAGGGACAUUGUCUUUCGACUGUAACUCCUUUAUACGGAGGAUAUGGACAAGAUAUUGGAGAUGUUCCCGUGUAUCAAAUAGACGAAGACUAUCCGAGCGGAUCCAAAGAUAAACUCAUCACUACCGAAGGUUGUUUCUCGUGUAAAGUGAACGGUAGACACAGAAGAUCUUCCAGACGAAGAAGAUUAGCCAGGGCGUUGCAUAAUGAUACGAUCGCCGAACUUUUCCGAAUCGAAAGACUCAAACGACAUAAACACGAAGAUAUUGAAGAAUCGUUGGAACUCGAUUUGAAGAUCUCUCAAACUAGACAUCGGACAAGGAUUAUCAAAUUACAACCAGCAGUAAAGACCGAAAUGGUGUACAAGAUAGUGGAAGGUAACGAAGAGAAAAAAUUCGAAUUGAUCAAGAAACACGGCGUUUGGGCGUUGCACUUUAGGAAGCGGUUGAAACAACCCGGAGAAUUCGAAUUGGUUAUACACGGUAAACCGGAAACGGUUAUACUCGAAACGGAAAGUUACGACAAACCUCUUAUUCUAAAAGUUAAAAUAAAAGUAACGGAAGAAUAAUGGAAAAAAGAGUUUAGAUAUUGUAGGUUGAAUUUCGAAAAAAGUGAUAUAUUUGAAGUAAAUCAACAAUUUUUUUUAAAAAAUAUUCAAUUUAGGCGUGGUGUUGUUGCUUUUUUUUUAAUUAAUUUCUUUUUUUGAACAAAAUGUCACUGCCAAAAUCGUCGAUGUGUUCUUUUUUCGCAAUAUAUCAUCCGAAAAGUACUGCCAAUUUAAUAAAAAUAUAAAUGGAGCCACAUUAUGUCAAAAUUUUGAGUGUUUCCUAUAAAUACUUAAAAAAAAAUCGUCGAAAAAAAAAGUAUUAAUAGGAUUAUUUUUCUCGAAGUAUAUUAUGAAGUUGUAUAGGAAUAAUGAAGAAAAAAUAAAUAAAAAUAUUUAUAGAUUUAUUUUAAGUAUUUAACUUAGUUACCUUUUAGAUAUUUGUUUUUAAUGAUGAUCUUGUAAUAUAUUUUGCUUUAAUAUGAAGAAGC